UACAAGUAAAUGAAUUAAUCAAUUUAUUAAUAACUGUUUUCAGAUUUUGGUGUAACACACAUUGAAAAAUUAGUCAAAAGGUUUGGAACUGUUCUGAGGUCAACUGGUGUUGAUAUUGAGGAAUUACCAGGAGAAUGGAGACACCUUCAACGACUUGUAUACCGCAAGUUUACACACUGUGCUUUGAGUGAAGUAUCUUUGGUACAGUUGAAUGAGAGUUUUUCAUCUAUGGGUGUUAACAAUGUUCUUCUGCUGUUGGACAUGUUAAACAGUUUGCCCCCUACAUCAGUUUACAAUGAAACUGCAUUUAAUCAGAUGAAGCUUCUAAAGACUGAUAGAAGGCAUAGAUUGGGUGGAUCUCGUCUCGAUGACUGCAUGAUGACUAAACUUGAGGCCCCUAGUGUACAGGAGUUUGACCCAAGUGAUGCUAUUGACAAAUGGAUGUCAUGUGGACAAGGUUCAAGGAGAACACAGUACCAGAGGAAACUAAAAUCAGCUGUGAAAGAGAAUGCUAAUAAUAAUUUAAUUGCUGUGGACAGUGACAAUGAAUCUAUUCAGGAUGAUAAUGAAAAUAUUGCUUUUAAUGAAAAUGACAAUGUUGAAAAUGUUGACAUGGACCAAGAGCUUGCAGAUAAGGAACCUGAACCUGAAAAUGAGAAUCAGGUCCAGGAUGAACUAAAUGAGGAUGUUACUGUAGAUCAGGAAACUCUGCUUCUUGAACCUGUUACUAAUGAGAACAUUAUUACUGUUCAAACAACUACUGAUGAGAAAGAUGAUUCAGAUGAUGAUGAUGAAAUGGAAACAGAAGAUAACUUUGAAUUUGAACAAUCUGAAGACCAGAACUGGUCAUUCAUUGUGAAAUUUUCUUGUGAAGAAUAAAAUUGAUAAUUUUGAUUAAAAAUGUUAUUUAUUUUAUUUCAGGAAAAAUUGAUAGAUUUUGUAGGACCAGCAAAAAUUUUGUAGGACUGACAAAUAAUCUUGCUUAGUCAGUCCCAUGACUGACAGGUCAAAAAAAGUUUUCGCGAACUC